AUGGAUAGGAGAAUGUUGUGCCAAAUAGUAGCUCUGCUCCUCUUAUCCAUUUUUUCACAAGUCACCAUUGCCGGUCCACCCGUAGGCAGUGGCAAGGAGGUUAAUGCAGUCACUGAAGAUCCCGGUUACGUUGUGUUGGACCCGUUGCCAAGUACGGGCCAAGAACGGGCUUUCUGCACCAUGCCAGGAGCUUGUUACUACAAAACACUCACAUGUCCAACAGAGUGCCCUCAGAGGAAGCCUGUAAAGAACAAGAAGCAGAAGGGAUGCUAUGUUGAUUGCAGCAGCAAGUGUGAAGCAACUUGCAAGUGGAGACGAGCAAAGUGUGAUGGUUAUGGUGCUCUAUGCUACGAUCCCAGAUUUGUGGGUGGUGAUGGGGUGAUGUUCUACUUCCACGGAGCAAAGGAAACCGACUUUGCCAUCGUCUCAGAUGACAACCUCCACAUCAACGCACAUCUAAUAGGGACACGACCAAAGGGAAGGAAGCGCGACUACACAUGGGUUCAAACAUUGUCAGUCAUGUUUGACACCCAAACAUUGGUCCUAGGAGCAAAGAAAGUUUCACACUGGGAUGAGAAAAUUGAUGCUCUUAUCGUGCAGUGGAAUGGUGAGACGAUUAACGUCCCAACAGAUGGAGAUGCAGAAUGGAGAGUUAACACUGCUGAGAGAUCGGUCGUGGUUGAAAGGACAGAUGAUUUUAACAGUGUAAGGCUCACGGUUUCUGGACUGUUGCAAUUGGAUGUGAAGGUAGUACCCAUAGGAGAGAAAGAAAACAAGGUUCACAACUAUCGACUACCAUCAGAUGAUGCUUUUGCUCACUUAGAGACACAGUUUAAGUUUUUCAACUUAUCCAAAGAUGUCGAAGGAAUUCUUGGCAAGACUUACCAGCCAGGCUAUGUUAGUCCAGUCAAGAGAGGGGUGCCGAUGCCAAUCAUGGGCGGGGAAGACAAAUAUCAAACACCAUCACUCCAUUCAGCUAUCUGCAAGAAAUGCAGGUUCCAAAGACCCUCAAGUGUUGCCUCAGCUUGAUGAUCUUGAUAAUGAUAUUAACCAAUAAGUGUAAUACUGGCCUUUGUUAAGUUAAUAGUCUUCCUAUUGUGUGUUGACUAAGAUAUUGCUACAAAUCUGAUUGUAUUUUGAUAUGUGAUUCAUUAUGUGAAUAAAGAAUGCGGAAAUCACGCAGAAAUUUUCUCUA